AGUGCUGCUCGUCCAGGGAGCGCUCGGUGUAGUCCUUGGCCCAGAGCAGCUGCAUGUUGGCGGCCACGUUCUCCAGGCAGAGCACCCGCAGCGGCUGGGCCGCCUUCCUUUUCGGCAUCCCUGCGGGCGGACGGAGGCUUCAAGCGAUCGGCGAGACGGAGCGACGGCCGCUACCUUCGGCAACGCCCACUGCAACAGGGCGCUUCCGGCCGCCAGGGGGCGCCCGCCGGAAGUGCCGACGCUCCCGCCCGCGCCCUCGAGGGGUCCUCGCCCGGGCUGCCCGCGGCGCCUGAGGAACGGUGGCAGCCGGCCGGCUCGGGCUCUGGGACUGGCGGCGGAGGGGCAGCCGCUGCCGGGGGCUUUGCUGAGGCGGAAGGUCUCCAGCGCCAGUGCCAGGAUGAGCACGGAAGUGGGCGGCAAGCCCCUGAAAGUGGGUGCCCGAGUGGAAGUGAUCGGCAAGGGGCACCGUGGGACAGUGGCAUAUGUGGGGGCCACCCUCUUUGCCACAGGGAAAUGGGUCGGCGUCAUCCUGGACGAAGCCAAAGGCAAAAAUGAUGGAACGGUGCAGGGCAGGCGGUACUUCACGUGCGAGGAGAACCAUGGCAUCUUCGUGAGACAGUCACAGAUCCAGGUGUUUGAGGAUGGCGCAGACACCACCUCCCCAGAAACCCCGGAGGCUUCAGCAUCAAGGGUCCCCAAGAGAGAUUCUUCAGAAGGGCCCAAAGCCAGCAAACUGACCACAACGAGGAGGCCCAAGCCUACCCGAACCGGCAGUUCGGCCACAUCCAGCAGCACUGCGGGGCUCUCUGGCUCGGCCUCGGCCUCGGCCGGGGAAAUGAGCAGCAGUGAACCAAGCACUCCCGCACAGACCCCCUUGGCUGCCCCCAUGGUGCCCGUCCCGGCUCUGGCAUCCCCAGUGGCUCCUCCAGCAAUCCUAUCGCCAACAAAGGAGGAGGAGUCUCUGCGAGGGCAGGUGCGAGACCUGGAGGAGAAGCUGGAGACCCUCAAGAUGAAGCGGAACGAAGACAAGGCCAAGCUGAAGGAGCUGGAGAAGUACAAGAUCCAGCUGGAGCAGGUCCAGGAAUGGAAGAGCAAAAUGCAGGAGCAGCAGGUGGAGCUCCAGAAGCGCCUGAAGGAGGCCAAGAAGGAAGCUAAAGAGGCCCUGGAGGCCAAAGAGCGCUACAUGGAGGAGAUGGCCGACACGGCCGACGCCAUCGAGAUGGCGACCCUGGACAAGGAGAUGGCCGAGGAGCGGGCGGAGUCUCUGCAGCAGGAGGUGGAUUCCUUGAAGGAGAAGGUGGAGGAUCUCACCAUGGAUCUGGAGAUCCUGAAGCAUGAGAUCGAAGAAAAGGGUUCUGAAGGAGCUGCCUCCAGUUACCACGUCAAGCAGCUUGAGGAGCAGAAUGGCCGCCUGAAGGAGGCCCUUGUGAGGAUGCGGGACCUCUCUGCCUCGGAGAAGCAGGAGCACGUGAAGCUUCAGAAGCACAUGGAGAAGAAGAAUGCGGAGCUGGAGGCCCUGCGUCAACAGAAGGACAAGCUGCAGGAGGAGCUGAAGCAAGCCGAGGGGACCAUCGAUGAGCUGAAGGAGCAGGUGGAUGCUGCUCUGGGGGCCGAGGAGAUGGUGGAGACGCUGACCGAGAGGAACCUUGAUCUGGAGGAGAAGGUCCGCGAGCUCCGUGAGACAGUGGGCGAUCUGGAAGCCAUGAACGAGAUGAAUGAUGAGCUGCAGGAGAACGCCCGGGAGACUGAGCUGGAGCUGCGGGAGCAGCUGGACAUGGCCACUGCUCGAGUUCGCGAGUCGGAGAAACGGGUGGAGGCAGCGCAGGAGACGGUGGCUGACUACCAGCAGACUAUCAAGAAAUACCGAGAGCUGACAGCCCACCUGCAGGACGUUAACCGAGACCUGAUGAGCCAGCAAGAGGCCUCUGUGGAGAGGCAGCAGCAGCCGCCGCCCGAAAUGUUUGAUUUCAAGAUUAAAUUUGCCGAGACAAAAGCUCACGCCAAGGCUAUCGAAAUGGAGCUGCGCCAGAUGGAGGUGCAGCAGGCCAACCGGCACGUCUCCCUGCUCACUUCCUUCCUGCCCGACAGCUUCCUGCGGCACGGCGGGGACCACGACUGUGUGCUGGUGUUACUGCUGCUUCCCCGGCUGGUGGGCAAGGCUGAGCUGAUCAGCAGACAAGCGCAAGAGAAGUUUGAGCUGAGUGAGAACUGUGCGGAGCGAGCCGGUCUCCGGGGGGCACCAGGGGAACAGCUGAGCUUCGCUGCCGGGCUGGUCUAUUCUCUGCUCCUUCUGCAAGCAACGCUCCACAAAUACGAGCAGGCCUUGAGUAAGUGCAGUGUGGAAGUCUACAGAAAAGUGGGCCUAUUGUAUCCGGAGAUGUGUGUGCACGAGAGGUCCCUGGACUUCCUGAUUGAGCUGCUGCACAAGGACCAGCUGGACGAGACCGUCAACGUGGAGCCCUUGACCAAAGCCAUCAAGUACUACCAGCACCUGUACAGCAUCCACCUGGCUGACCAGGCUGAGGACUGCACGGUGCAAUUGGCCGACCACAUCAAGUUCACGCAGAGUGCCUUGGACUGCAUGAGUGUGGAGGUCUGCCGGCUUCGCUCCUUCCUCCAGACCGGACAGGAGGCCUCCGAUUUCGCCAUCCUCCUGAAGGACCUGGAGACCUCGUGCAGCGACAUCCGCCAGUUCUGCAAGAAGAUCAGGCGGCGCAUGCCAGGCACCGAUGCUCCUGGCAUCCCUGCAGCCCUGGGCUUUGGACAACAGGUCUCGGAUACCCUGCUGGACUGCCGCAAACACCUGACCUGGGUCGUGGCUGUGCUGCAGGAGGUGGCGGCCGCAGGGGCUCAGAUGAUUGCCCCCUUGACUGAGAAUGAGGGCCUGCAGGCCAUGAAACUGGAGGACCUGGCCUUCAAGGCCAGCGAGCAGAUCUAUGGGGCGCAGGGCAUCAGCCCUUACGAGUGCCUGCGCCAGUCCUGCAACAUCCUCAUCGCCACCAUGAACAAGAUGGCCACUGCCAUGCAGGAGGGCGAAUAUGAUGCAGACAAGCCCCAGACCAAGCCCAUUCCUCCGGUCGAGCUGCGGGCAGCUGCGCUUCGGGCCGAGAUCACGGACGCCGAGGGCCUGGGGCUCAAGCUGGAGGAUCGAGAGACCGUCAUCAAAGAGCUGAAGAAGUCUCUUAAAAUCAAGGGCGAGGAGCUCAGCGAAGCCAACGUGCGCCUGAGCCUCCUGGAGAAGAAGUUGGAUAGCGCCUCCAAAGAUGCCGAUGAGCGGGUGGAGAAGAUCCAGAGCAAGCUGAGCGACACCCAGGCGCUGCUAAAGAAGAAGGAGAAGGAAUUUGAGGAGACGAUGGAUGCCUUGCAAGCGGACAUUGACCAACUGGAGUCGGAGAAGCUGGAACUGAAGCAGCGCCUCAACAACCAGUCCAAGCGGACCAUCGAGGGCCUGCGUGGGGGGCCCCCCACCUCGGGCAUCGCCUCAGUCAUCUCCAGCAUUGCAGGAGAGGAACAGCAGAGAGGUGUGGGUGCCAGCCAGGUGAUGGCCGGGGGCUCUGGCCCCGUGCAGGUGAAGGACUCCCCUCUCCUGCUCCAGCAGAUCGAGGCCAUGCAGCUGUCCAUCAAGCAUCUAAAAAACGAGAAUAACCGGCUGAAGGGCGCCCAGAUGAGGAGGGAGUUGGCAUCGCUGCCCACCCUGCAUGUUCCCAAGCUUUCGCUGCCCAAGGACAGGCAAGGGGACGAGGUGGUUUCCAGCUCAUUGUAUCGCAAGACCAGCCGGCUGCUGGAGACCCUCUACCAGAUGAGUGCCAAUGCCCAGGUGGUAGACAUCACACGGCGGAAGGCAGUGGGCAGUCCAGCAGCUCAGCUCCUGGAGCAGACAACCCGCCUGGCAUCCCUCAGUGAAGCCAUCGAGAAGCUGAAGGAUGAAGUCAGGAAGGAGACGAUCCUGCAGCGCCCCGGGGCCAGCAUCCCUACGGACUUUGGCACGUUCCCCUCAGUGCCCUUCCUGAAGGCCAAAGAGGAGGAGAAGGACAGCGCCGUCUACGUCGGCCGCGUGACCUUCCCCUGCCAGCCGGGCCACGGGCAGAGGCACAAGCUGGUGCUGACACCGGAGCAGCUGCACAAACUCCACAGCCGGCUGAUCUCUUAGGAGAGCCGGCUGCCUCUGUCCUGCCCUGCCCCUCCCCGUCGUGCCUGGCACCACUGCUCCCCUUCCCGGAGGGGGAGUCAGUGUUUGUGGUGACACAGAGGGUGGCUUUCAUGGAGAGGAGAUGCUCUUCCGUGCCCCUUCACAGCCUUUCUUUUCCUCUGCGGUUUUGGUUAAGGAUCUCAAACAGGUUUCCAGGUGGGAAGAGCCCAGGGAUCUACAAGCACUACAAAAUGGAUCCUUUCUUGCAUGUUGACUUCCUUGGAGGACUAGAGAUAAAUCAAUAAAGCUUUCUGGAACCCCA